AUGCCUCGUCAAGUGAAACCCGAAGCGGAUGCAUCGAAUCGUGGAAGACAAAUUUCCAAAAUCAAGGACUCAAACUCGAAAACGCACAAAGGAAUUCCCGAGAAUGCUUUUAGCAAAUUUUCGUACAGUGCUCCGGUCUCAAAGUCGCUGCCCAGCAAUUUUUGCUUUCGCGAUGUCGUACUGGACUUUGGACUAGAAGAGAACGCUAAGCCAGUGCACGCGGACCCAAUGCCACCUCCAACCUCAUCUAGGGUAGUCAAGACUCGACGUCUGCCCACCAAAUAUUAUGGAAAGGAAGUGCUGAAACCAUCAGUCGAUGACGGGUUUCCGUCAAUACCACUAGAGUGGUUGAAGGAUCCAAAUUUUCGACCCAUAUCUCCCAUUAAGAAGAGCUUUGUGGAUGAGUACGAUUGUGACCUGCCUUCGUCGGAGAACAUUUUAAAAAAUUACAAGGCUUUGAAGGAUGGUUCGGUGCAUCCGUCGCAAGCUGAGUGGCCUUUGUGUUGUAUGAUAGGGCAGGAAAACUGCAAUACUCUACCUCCAAAAUCAGUGGAACCUCAAAUGUUCAAUCCAUCCCCCUCAAAAAAUGUUGAGCAAAAAGAAGUUUCCCCUGUUGAUGCCAUUCUCAACUGGGAAGUAGACGAAGAGAAUCACAAAGAUACCAGGGAGCAACGCAGGUUUCACGGAACAAAUUUGCACUUCGGUAGCAGGACUAUUGGGGUAGAAGAAGAGCGGGCCAUGAACGAUUGGAUAAAAUCCGAAGAGCUCCAAGUAUCUCUGAGUGAUAUAGAAGAGUUUGAUAAGCUAUUGAGCCUAGCUAUGGACUAUGAGAAAAAUCGGGAUGUUCUUUUCGACUUAUUAAAGCCCAAGAGUCUUACUGGCAAAUAUGUAGUGGAUGUGAGAAAGGAGGUACCCGUGAUAGAAUUAUUACCCCGUAAAUCUGAUGUGGUGGAGACGCAGUUGAGGAAACCUUCGCACGAUGACCCUGAGCCCGACGAGGCCAGUGCGGUUUUCCAAGACAUUGAAGGGCCACUGGAAAACCUUCAACUGACUGAACAAAGACCAAAAAAGCCCAUUAUUCUCGAUGUUCAAGAUAUAGCACCAUUAUCCCCUAAGCCGGCAGAUGAGGCAGAAGUCCAGGAUUGGCUUCAGCAAUGUAGCAAAACUAUUUCGAUGCAACUGCAAUCCAUCAUCAAUGAGGAAAGGUCAAAUCAUCCAAAACCAUCUACAGAACCGGAACUCAUCGAUUUCGAGAGCGAGAUCACCAAGGAGCAAAUGAAACCGAGGAGACCAGGCGAAGGCAACACAGCAUCCAUGGAAAGUGGAUGGCAGAGUUCCUUUAGAGUUCGCCUUGAGGACUUUGAAGAUAUCAUUGACCAGAACAUGACGGAAUACAGAGAUCCAUUUGCCAAGAGGCUCCGCUCAAAGUGGUACCAGCAAUACGGGUUCCAGUCGGAAGAGAAUUUAAAGAGAUCCUUAAUGCUUCCACCCUUAUCAGGCUAUCUGGACAAGUGUCUCCAGAAGAUCAGUAUCAAAAGACGUCCCGACAACGGCAAAGUCGAGCCCUUGCUCUUGCACAUCGAGUUUAAGUUCUGCAAAGGGUUUUGCACCCUAAACUUAAACCGAAACUUGCAUCUUAAGGUUGCUGCAAAGACCCUUCAUAACGCAUCUUAUAACAGGUAUAAAGAUGUGAUUCAAAUAGAAUAUGAGGAUACCCAGGUGGCCUGGGUGUGGUCCAAUGGAACUUUGAUGAUCAUCAACGGAAGAAGUGAAAACAUGUUGGCCGAAACCCAAAAGGAUCUGGUUGCCCACCUUAUUGGCAGGAUGAACUUUAAAGCCGAAGCCUCCCACAAGCUCUGGCAUCUACGUCUCUCAUCUUGUGCCUACUAUCCUUGGCAAAUUUCUCUGCCAGACUUUAGUGCUAUUCACGUCCUUUCUCCCAAGCCCAUUACUAAGAUGCACUACGUCUAUUACGUCGAUAAGGAACUGCCUGGAGUGGCAGCUCGAGUUCAUAAGACGGGAAUGAUCCAAGUGUUUGCCAUAAACACGACUGAGGCCGAUAAAAUGCUAGAGAAACUGUAUAUGAUCACAUCGAAUUAUCAAAAUGUGGAUAUUAAUCCGAAUGACCUAAUAUCUGGACUAGAAACUUUAAAAACCGAAUAA